UUUAUUUUUUUAUUUAUUCUUUUUGCCCUUGCAUGAACGACGAGGACGUAAAGACCAACACCUUUAACGAGGAGGGCCGCAUACUGCAAGUUGAGUACGCCAUAAAGAACGUGAGCAACGCCGGCACCACGCUGGGCCUUACGUGCACGGAUGGCGUAGUGCUUCUCGGCAUCACCACGUCAAACAAAAGUCACGUCGUGAGCCGCAAGGAAAAGAUCUACAGGAUCACCAACACGGUCUAUUGCACGAUCAGUGGCAUAUUCUCCGACGGGCUGCAGAUCAUCUCUAUGGCGCGCGUCAUCGCACAGGACUACCUGUACAAGAACGGCGUGGAGAUGCCGCUCGGGUACCUUGUGGAGGGGAUAGCGAAGAGAAUGCAGUAUUUCACGCAGGGCGGUGGCAUGCGGCCAUUUGGUGUGAGCUUUCUGUUUGCACAGGUUAAGGAUGAAUGCCUGCUGUACAGCACCGAUCCGGCCGGUUCGUGCAAUCGGUGGAAGGCAAAGGCGUUCGGCCAGAAGGAGGACUCGAUCAACAACGCACUGCAGAACAAUGCAGACAAGGAGUUCACAUUGAACGAGGGCGUAAGGGAAUGCUUUAAGGUUGUCAUGCAGAAGCAGGAGAUUACGGAGGCUAACGUGGCCAAUUACGAGGUGAUAUUCAUCACGAAGGACCGAUCAUAUUUUUUGAAGGAUGAGGAUUUGAAGGGGAUCAUAAGGGAGGUGAAGGGAGAUGUAGAGUAAGUAAAGGACGGAUUGAUGAUUA